AUGAUAAAGGAAAAUGAUAGAUAUAGAGAAGUUAGCAACUACUCUAUUUAAAAUCAAACAGAUUCAAUAGAUGACGAAAAUAUGAUAUAAGAGUAAUAGAAUUAGAUUAAGCACUUAAAGAUAAGUUAUUAGAAAUGGAUUAACAAAUUGUGGAGUUAAAUAGGCAAUUAUAAAGCUAGAAUUGGUAGAGCAAGAAAAAGAGAGGAGGCUCAACUAAUUACUUACGAAAAUAUCAAAUGA